GGCCGCCCCGCCGCGCCGCGCCGGUUUGAACGCAACGGCCCCGGCCGCCGCCAUCUCAGCGGGGCCGGCGCCCUCCCGCCUGGGCUCCGCCAUCCCGGGCCGCUCCCCGCCUCGCCUCGCCUCGCCUCGCCGAGAUGGUGCGGGAGGAGGAGAAGGGCAUCCCCGUGCGGGUGGCGCUGCGCUGCCGGCCCCUGGUGCCGAAGGAGACGAGCGAGGGCUGCCAGAGCUGCCUGUCCUUCGUGCCCGGCGAGCCGCAGGUGGUGGUGGGCAGCGACAAGGCCUUCACGUACGACUACGUGUUCGACCCGGCCGUGGAGCAGGAGGAGGUCUUCAACACCGCCGUCGCCCCCCUCAUACGGGGCAUCUUCAAAGGGUAUAAUGCUACCGUCCUAGCCUAUGGACAGACAGGAUCUGGAAAGACAUAUUCUAUGGGAGGUGCCUACACUGCCAGUCAAGAGCACGAGCCAAGCGUGGGGGUCAUCCCUCGCGUAAUCAAGCUGCUAUUUCAGGAGAAGGAGCAGAGGCAGGACUGGGAAUUUGUCCUCAAAGUCUCCUAUUUGGAGAUCUACAAUGAGGAUAUUCUAGACCUGCUCUGCCCAUCAAGGGAACGGUCUUCUCAAAUCAGUAUACGGGAAGAUCCUAAAGAAGGCAUAAAGAUUGUAGGAUUGACAGAAAGAAAUGUCGCCUGUGCACAAGAUACUGUAUCCUGCCUAGAGCAAGGGAACAAUUCCAGAACAGUGGCUUCCACGGCAAUGAACUCCCAGUCUUCCAGGUCCCAUGCCAUCUUCACCAUUUGCAUCGAUCAGAAAAAGAAAAAUGACAAGAACAGCAGUUUUCACUCCAAGCUACACCUGGUUGAUCUUGCCGGCUCUGAGAGACAAAAGAAGACCAAGGCUGAGGGAGACCGACUAAAAGAAGGUAUCAACAUUAACAGAGGUCUCCUCUGCCUGGGAAAUGUAAUUAGUGCUCUGGGUGAUGAAAAUAAAAAGGGUGGUUUUGUCCCCUACAGAGACUCAAAGUUAACAAGACUGCUGCAAGAUUCUCUGGGUGGUAACAGCCACACUCUCAUGAUUGCCUGUGUUAGCCCAGCAGAUUCCAAUCUAGAAGAAACUCUAAAUACUCUGCGUUACGCUGACAGGGCAAGAAAAAUAAAAAACAAACCAAUUGUCAACGUUGAUCCCCAGGCGGCUGAGUUGCAUCAUCUAAAGCAGCAGGUACAACAGCUACAGGUGUUGCUGCUGCAGGCCCAUGGAGGGACCCUCCCAGUGUCUAUCAAUAGUAUGGCACCUUCAGAGAAUCUGCAGUCCCUGAUGGAGAAGAACCAGUCACUAAUGGAGGAGAAUGAAAAGCUGAGCAGAGGGCUGAGUGAAGCUGCUGGUCAGACAGCACAGAUGUUGGAAAGGAUCAUUCUGACAGAACAAGAAAAUGAGAAGAUGAAUGCCAAACUAGAGCAACUUCAGCAACAUGCUGUAUGCAAGCUUGAUCUCCAGAAGCUGGUAGAGACUGUGGAAGAUGAGGAACUAAAAGAAAAUGUAGAGGUGAUUCGCAAUCUGCAGGAAGUGUUGGUUCAGUUGCAGCAGAGUGAAAGCGCUGCCACAGUGGAAGCUGUUGCAGAGAUGGCAAGCUCUGAACAGGAUGCUAUAACUAAAGCAGAAAUGGGACAGGAUACCAAGAGAUCUUCAGAUGACUUCAGCACGCAACAUGCCCUCCGUCAAGCACAGAUGUCCAAAGAGCUGAUUGAACUGAAUAAAGCCCUGGCUCUGAAAGAAGCACUUGCCAAAAAAAUGACACAGAACGAUAGUCAGUUGGAGCCUAUUCAGUCCCAGUACCAGACUAACAUCAAGGAUCUGGAAUUAGAAGUCAGCAAUUUGCAAAAAGAAAAGGAGGAGCUGAUCCUUGCUCUGCACAUGGCAAAGAAGGAUGUCAACCAAGCCAAGCUGAGCGAACGGCGUCGGAAAAGACUUCAGGAGUUGGAAGGGCAAAUUAAUGAGCUGAAGAAAAAGCUGAAUGAACAAUCAAAGCUCUUAAAGCUGAAGGAAUCUACGGAACGCACUGUCUCCAAACUGAACCAGGAGAUCAGGGAAAUGAAAACCCAGAGGGUACAGUUGAUGCGCCAGAUGAAGGAUGAUGCUGAAAAAUUUAGGCAGUGGAAACAACAGAAGGACAAGGAAGUGAUCCAGCUGAAAGAACGGGAUCGCAAGAGGCAGUACGAGCUACUUAAGCUUGAACGAGACUUUCAGAAGCAGGCCAAUGUCCUUCGGCGCAAAACAGAAGAGGCUGCAGCUGCGAACAAGCGCCUAAAAGAUGCUUUGCAGAAACAACGGGAGGCUGCGGAUAAACGGAAGGAGAGUCAAAAUCGGGGAAUGGAAGGAGUUGCUGCACGAGUAAAGGGCUGGCUGGCAAAUGAAGUAGAGGUUCUCGUUAGUACUGAAGAGGCUCGACGGCACCUUGCAGACCUUCUGGAGGACAGAAAGAUUUUGGCACAGGAGCUCCUUCAGCUUAAAGAGAAAAAAGACUCUGGGGAAAACCCACCUCCAAAGCUCCGGAGGCGCACCUACUCCAUCACAGAUUUGCAGGCAUCAGAGGCAGACCUUUCUCUAUCAAAGCAGAUAGAAAGCCUGGAAACUGAGAUGGAGCUCAGGAGUGCCCAGAUAGCAGACCUACAGCAGAAACUGUUAGAUGCAGACAAUGGAGAUCGCGUGAAACAGCGUUGGGACAAUAUUGCAACAAUUCUCGAGGCUAAAUGUGCUUUGAAGUAUCUCCUUGCAGAGCUGGUCUCCUCCAAAGUGCAGGAAAGCAAGCUGGAGAGCAGCCUUCAGCAGAGUAAAGCUAGCUGUUCAGACAUGCAGAAGAUGCUGAUUGAAGAGCGAAACCACAUAACAGAAAUGGAGGCUGAAUUCCAAAAUCGGCUUUUGGUACAGGAACAACAACACCAGGAGAAGGUUCUGUACCUGCUUAGCCAAUUUCAGCAAAAAGAAGCAGCAGAGAAGAAACUGGAAGAUUCGUUAAAUGAGCAGGAGAAACAGCUGCAAGAGCGACUUAAGUUUCAGGAGGAAGAGCUGGAGAAAAUGAGGGAGAUCUGCGAGAAGAACCAAGAACUUCUCCAGGAAAAUGACACUCUUAAACAGAAAUUGCUGCUUCUCCAAGUUGCCAGUGGACAGAAGCUCCGUCGCAUUCAGCAAGGGCCGCCCGAGUCUCCAGAUUCUCCUUUUGAUUACAUUCCACCCAAACCAAAGACCCGCCGGCAAACAGUAACAAAACCCCGCGCACCAACCCCAGAAAUGGAUGUAGAAGAGCUUUUUUCUGACUCUGCGGAGUCUGGAGAGGAGAAGGAGGAUGCAGAAUGGGUUCCAAUAAAAGCAGUCAAAGGAGCAAAGAAGAGCAUCAUGGGGUGCUCCUGCAAGGGCCGAUGUGGAAACAAACAGUGUGGCUGCAGGAGGCACAAGGUGGGCUGCACUGGAGGCUGUAACUGUGACUCAACAAAAUGCAGAAAUAGAGACCCUGGCUUUCCGGAUGCCACGGUGUGUGAGGACCAAACAAGGGACUCUGAAGGUUCCUUCAAACUAGAAGACCCUACUGAAGUGACUGCAGGAGAGACCUUCUUUCAGCCUGUGUGUAUCACCCCAACUACAAAGGUUCUGAAAGAUAUCACAGACCAAGAAGUGUUCAUGAAGAAGCCCAGCACUGCUGCUUCUGUGCUUGUGAUGGAUGAGGAGUCCCAAGAGAACCAGCUGCCGUUUGUGAAGAGAAAGAAGAGAAUGCUAAGUAGCAACACCAGCUUUUUCUCAGGUUGUACCCCUAUCAAAGAGGAAGCUGACUGAGCCACGACUGACAACUGGGUCAUGCUGCACUUCUUUACACCACAGAUGAGGGUGACUUUUUUUAAAGGAAAAAUAGUGUUGGGAACUCUUGCUGCAGUGUAGACUUGUCCAUUGUCCGGCCUGACAGCUGCAGGCAGCACCAAGGGAGUUGAACACUAGUUCUUGCUAGAUUGUGUCAAUUCUUUGUAAAUAUUUGUAUGUGUGGGGCUUGGGCAGAUGUCUUCUAGGAGGAUGAUGGUGAGACUUUCCUCUUUGGAAUUUCUGGAGUGAGUGCAGAUGAUUUAUCCAGGUUGUUCAUUACAGCUGCCUUCCUCACCCUGAGCUGUGAAUGUGUCGGGUACAGAUAAUACAUGAUCUUGAAAGAACUUUGCAUUUGCACUGGAAACCUUGGCUCUGUCUCUUCCAAUACAAUAUGAGGAACUGUUCUAAACUGCCAUGUGGGAUCCGCUGGUGCUUGAUUCUGAGGAGGCACUGUCUGCAGUCUUAAACUAGCUAGCAGAUAUGAAAUGCCAGUGUUCUUGUACCAUUUAGGGCACUGGUCUAUUCUUGUUUGAUGAAGUUAGAAACUUGCUAGCCCUCUGUGGACGUUUUAGUAAUUUUAAUUUGUUUUUGUAGCUUUAAUAAAGGAAAUACUUUGGAAAAAAAAAAGGCCAAACAAAAAAAAAAAUGACCCUGUCUUUCUUUAUUGCCUGCGUGGUUCUUGGUACCCACUCCAGGAUCUCUGUGAUUAGUAUCUCUUAUUAAAAUUGGUUUC